AUGGCUGGGUUGUCGCCGCAGGGGGCCCGGCGGAUUCUGGCCCAGCACGGCUGGUACCUGUCUGUCCGUGAGCAGCCGGAGGAGGAAGAUGUUGACGACGACGACGAGGAGGGCGAUGACGACAGAGAAUCCGCUCCGCUGCUGCCGCCGUCGUCGGGCAGCAGUCCUCCAAAUCGUGGCUCUUCCUUUGGUUUGUCAGUAUUUAAUUUAAUGAAUGCAAUUAUGGGAAGUGGGAUACUUGGCUUGUCCUAUGCUAUGGCAAACACAGGGAUCCUAGGGUUUAGUAUCUUGCUGCUGAUUGUUGCCAGCCUAGCUUCUUACUCUGUGUUUCUUCUGCUCAAUAUGUGCACUCAGACUGCUGUCACUACUUAUGAAGACAUUGGUUUGUUUGCAUUUGGAUCAAUUGGGAAGGUCCUUGUUGCAGCUACAAUAAUUAUCCAGAAUAUUGGAGCUAUGUCAUCUUACCUUUUAAUUGUUAAAUCCGAACUUCCUGGUGCUGUUGCAGAGUUCUUAAGCGGAAACGAGAGUGGGUCUUGGUACCUUGAUGGGAGACUGCUGCUACUGGUUGCUUCAGUCUGCAUUGUUUUUCCUCUUGCACUUCUUCCUAAAAUUGGCUUUCUUGGCUACACAAGUAGUUUAUCAUUUUUCUUUAUGGUGUACUUUGCUCUUGUGAUCGUGUUAAAAAAAUGGUCGAUCCCUUGUCCUCUACCUCUAAGUAGUGCCAUAGAGACUUUACAGGUUUCAAAUUCUACUGGGGAUUGUAAAGCAAAGCUCUUUCAUCUUUCAAAAGAGAGUGCUUAUGCAAUACCAACUAUGGCCUUCUCUUUUCUUUGCCACACGUCAGUCUUACCCAUCUUCUGUGAGCUCCAAAGUCCAUCCAAAAGUAGAAUGCAGAGUGUGACUGUCACAGGAAUUGGUCUGAGUUUCCUAAUUUACUUCGUGUCUGCUUUGUUUGGGUACCUGACAUUUUAUGACAAAGUGGACUCUGAACUGCUACAAGGUUACAGCAGGUACCUGCCACAUGAUACUGUCAUUAUGACUGUUAAAGUUGCCAUCCUGUUUGCUGUGCUUUUGACAGUGCCUCUGAUCCAUUUCCCGGCAAGGAAAGCUGUACUGAUGGUAUUUUUCUCUCAUAUUCCUGUGUCGUGGAUUUGCCACAUCCUUGUCACUUUAACACUGAAUACAAUUGUUGUUUUAUUUGCAAUGUAUGUGCCAGACAUGAAAAAUAUAUUUGGAGUAGUUGGUUCAACCACAUCAACAUGUUUGCUUUUUGUAUAUCCUGGACUCUUUUAUCUUAAACUUAGCAGAGAGGACUUUCUAUCACCACAAAAACUCGGGGCAUGUGCACUGGUUAUUUUUGGUGUCUGUGUUGGCCUUCUCAGUUUAGUUCUUAUCAUUUUCAAUUGGAUUGAUCAAUAA